AUGACGACAAACGCGGUGGCAUCUUCGUCCAAACAACCCUCUGCCCCCGCUGCACCUAAACCAAAACGCCCACCGCAUAACAUAUCAGGCAAAAACCAGUACAAGGAUCGGCCUCUGCUGGAUGACCCACACGUUGCAGAGUUGCUGAAUGCUUAUCAUCUCAAAGGGAUAACAGAUAACAGACUCAUCAGCAACCUUCUUUUGGAGGAACAUGGAGUCACCCUAGGGGAGAGGAGUGUCUAUCGUCGGAAGAAGAUGCUUGGGCUAUGGGCAAGCAAGCAUACGACGAAGGAACUCAGUGAAGCUGUGAAGCGCCAGCUCGUCGCUGCUCAGAUGGCGAAAGACCCCACCGGAAAAUUAGGUGCUAGACUUGUAAAGCAGCGUGUGUUUGAGGAUACAGGGUUGCAUUUGACUCGGGAUUAUAUCCGCGCUGAGAUGAGGAGGGUAGAUCCCGUAGCACAUGCUGCUCGUGGACCCUCUCAUAUUCUUUCAAAGCGACUGCAGCGGCCAGCAGUGUCGGAAAAUGCGUCGACAUCUACGUCAACAUCAGUACCAUCCAACACGAUUACCUCAAAUCUCGUACAAUCGUCAAAUGCUACCAUCAUACCUAGCGGGGCUCAGGGGCAGAGUCAAGGUUCCAAUGCGGUUGACGCCAAUCAACAAUCAAGUACUCCUCGCGUUCGUGCCCCUAGGCGCUCUCGAGCAAGGGCGACAGAAGCUUCGUCAUUACCUACAGCUGUUGCCCCUUCUGACGCCGCUGCCUCCACCAGUUCUCCGCCGCAAUCAUACACGCGAAACGAGCCGGGAAUACCUUCUGGGAACCCCCUCUCCUCAACCUCACAAACUUUACAUACCUUUCAUUCGAGAUCAGCGUACCCCUCGAGUUACAAUGCUCAAGUAGCGAAUUCGUCAACUUCAGAUGGGCAGCAAGUUCUACACUCACAGCAGUUAUUGCAAAUAAGCACCACCCUCCCUCAACCUUCCUCAAGCUCCCUGCAAGAUGCACUGAAUGCAACUGAAUCUGGUUACAACCAUUGGCCGAACAGUUUUGAUUCUGAAGAUGGCCAAUUUUCCCCUACAGGUCCAGGGCUACUACCAAAUGAAAGCAGCCAUACUGCAGGAAUGCCAAAUAUUACCGGAACGCGUCCGCAGACACCGCGUGCAUAUCCAGAGCCUUCUCAUCACCUGUCAAUACCACCAGUUGGCACAACGCAGCGGAAUAUGGAUACCGGAAACCGACCUGCAGUCAUGAAAGAUAUCGCACGCGCUGUGCAGGAAUCCACACCGAAGAUGCACGAAUUAAAGCACUUUAUCGAGUCGCUCCAGUUGGAAGAUGAUGGUUUAUCGGAGGAUGUCGACGCGGAAACGUAUGACAUUAUCCUAAAAGGGAUGGAGACAGCGGCGUUACUGGAAAGACAGCUGUCGAAGGUCGUCGCGCUAGCACGACGCUCACGCCUUCCUGUGGAUAGGGAUGUGGCGUAA